AUGAGACAAGCUAGAGCUGCCAACAGAAAUAUGGACUUCAUGACGGCCCCUGGCGACACCAAGAAGGGUCUAUCUCACUCGAUUCACAGCCCGCAAGCAGACGAUGGCCCUCAGAUACGACCAACGCACUUCAUAAUCCGCGAAGGCAACCCCGGGGCCAUCGUACCCGUCAUACCAGUCGACCUGCUCCCGGACUAUGUAACCAUCGUCGGCCUGUCGCGGACGCUGACCAUCAACGACACCACCGGCAUGUCGAACCUGGGCACAUUCGCGAAGCCGCAAGGCCACUUUCAGCUACAGUUCGUGUCUCCAGCGCAUGAUCGUCCCGCGGGAGAACGUCCUGUGAUCCUGGAUGCUGGUUGUCUUCUCGAAUCUCAGCGGUCUGGGUCUGACCUUGCAAAGAUUGGCCAAGGAAAUGGCAACCAGUCUCAUAUGGCCAAGCGCACUGGAGUCCCUGUAGCUUCAAAGUCAGCUAUCUCACAGUCGACCCCCAGAACAUUGUCCGCCAAAGCCCCUCUCCUCGCCCCUUCUCCUCCGCCCCGGGUUCUCGACUGGGCCGAAGACGACACGGACUCGGUCUCGACAGACGACUUCUCCUCCGCCGAGCUCUCCGCGCCAGACACCUCGUCUAAGUCCUCUUCCGGCUCCAGAGACAAUCGGACACCUUUCCGACGAGUCCAGGCCCCGACCUCGGUUGUCAUCAAGGAGAAAUCAGAUGCCGAGAUCGCGGAGCGCAUGCUCGAACUCGGCCACGCCCAAAAGCACGCCGCCACCCGCAACCACCACCACCAUCCCGCCCAGGCCCCGAAGACGACGGCAGCGGCGGCGUCGUCGUCUCACACCAGCAACGGUAGCACCAGCACCACCGCCGCCGGAGUCCCAAAGCCUACCCCUCCCAAGCUCGCCGCAGGAAAGCAGAAGGUCGUCCGUCCAGACGGCAGCCUCUGCCGGCACUGGUGCCAGACAGGCCAAUGCAGCUGGGGCGCCGAGUGCCGCUACACGCACCAGAUGCCCCUGACGCUCGAAGGGCUCGCGGACGUCAACCUGACGGAGCUGCCGUCCUGGUGGCGUAAGCAGGCCGGCUUGCCUGCCGAGGGGACCAUUGACCCGCGCAUCUUUGCUAUUGCCACCGUUCCUGCCACCAGGUUGAAGAAGAGCAGCAGCGGCAGCAGCAGCAGCCCCUUUCCGACGAUGCUGGGUGGCGUGAACACUGCUCCGCCGCCGAUGAUGGCUCUUGAGACCUCAAAGAAGGUUGCUAAGGUGAAGCCGGGGAAGGCGGAGAGGAGGAUGGCGAGGGAACUUCGAGGCGUGCCGUUUGGGGUUGAGGGGGCGCGGGCGAGGAUGAAGUCGUCGUCUGUUGUUGCUGUCGGCAGUAAGAAGAAGUUGAGCUUAGGUAGGCUGCAGAGUCGGACGAUGGAGGUUCAGCAGGUUGACGAAGUCGUUGAAAAGCUUGUUGAUAUUUAA